ACCGGAUUUGUGGACUUCCUGACGCUGACAGUGUUCUUCCACGUGCUCAUGGGCGCCGUUGACGAGGAAGCACAGUGCCUUCACAACCUUUCGGCACAGGCGGCAGAGGCAUCCCCAGCGCAAACGGGCCACUCGUCACAGAAAGCCACGGGGGUGGCCAGAGGAGAGCUUGCCUCGAUCGACGAGGAGGGCUUCGACGAGCUCAUCUCCGCGAUGUCCCCGAUGCAGCGCCGAGCCUCGGAGGCCGCCGCCGCUGCCGCGGCUGCAGCCGCCGCUGCAGACCCCCAGGGCUCGAGGAUUUGCGAGCUCCUCAUGCGCUUCAACCCAAAGCAGCUCCGUGCCGAGUUCCAGCAGCUCUACCUGGAUCGCAUGCACAACGCCGCCAUGGUCCGUGCGCCGGAGCAGGGCAAGGGGCCGUCAUCGCCAUCACUCACGGCCACGAGCAGGAAGCUGGCACAGCGCGCCGCGCAGAAGAUGCAGGAGGAGAUUGACCGGGAGGCCGUCAGUGAGGAUCUGCUCGGGAUCGAAAGCCCCAAGGCUGCACCUAGCGCGAACGCGCACGUGGAGAUGAUGUACUGGCGCCACCACCAGGCCGAGCUGCGUCGGCAAGGGCUUCGCGAGAAGCGCGAAGCUGAAGAGGUAGCCGAGUGCACCUUCCGGCCGAAUCUCUCGGCCCGGCGCGCGAAGUCGGCGGAGAACCUCCGUCCCUGCCGCCCGGCGCCCGCGUCCGCGCCCAGGAAGGUAAAUGAGGCGAGCACACCACGGCAGGACACGGAACUCGAGGCGUGCACUUUCAAGCCUGACGUCCGCCAAAGUGGCAAGAGCCUCACCGUCUCGAAGAACUCCACCUACGCGUCGCCACGGGGGGCGGACGAGUGUGCGAAGCGCCUGCGAAAGGCCUUCGCGGAGAAGGACUGGAGGCGGCGUUUCCUAGAGGAGCGGUGCCCGAACUUCAGCCCCGGCUCGACGAUGUCACGCGUUGAGGCGCCCUCUUUCGAAACGUCGCCGGGCACGCUGUACAGCACAGGCACCGCGCAGCUUGUGGAAUCCCCACGGGAUUCUCCACUGCUGGCGCAGUCCACCUUCCUGCCAGCCACGCUGGGGCCACAGGCGUCGCCACCUACAGGCUCUGCAAGCCCCGCCACUCUGGCGCCCCGAAAAGGCAGUCAGGCACGCAGCCCUGGAUUCACGCUGCUCGCGGAAGCGCCAAGUGCUCCUGCAAGUACACCGGCUCAGAGCUCUCGAGGACCUGCACCCAGUGACCGGAGCGCCCGACGGUCGCGAGAGAGGCUGCCAAAGUCGCAGCCCCGCCAGCGCCAAAUACAACGUCGGGUCAGCGAGACCCACUCGGCGCCACGGACGCCGAAGUCGCCGAGCACGCCGCCGACGACCAUUCCAUGCCCUUCUCCCAAGGACAGCGUACCGGACUCCCGGCGCCCGGUGGUGCUGGUGGAGGUGAGCAUCUCCAAGGACGUGCCGCCACAGAAGGUUGCGCUUUAUGCGGGCGAUGAUGUCUCGAAGGUGGCCAAGGUGUUCGCGUCCACUCACCACCUUCAGCCACACCUGGCCGACCGCUUGCAGAGGUAUUUCACUGAUCUCAUGAACCAAUCUGAGCAAAGUGGCCCCCUGCUAGCCUAG